AUGUACAGUGCAGUCUCUAUACUUUUCAUAAGAUCAUUAAUUAUCGAUCGAUAUAUAGAAAUAGUAGAAAUAGAUUACUUACCCAGAAGACCAUCGGCUGCUAUAGAAAGAGAACUGUCUAUACAAAAACGUGUCGUCGCCCUCUACGCUAAAAAGAAAAAACUGGAGAGGCUGCCGACAGACUAUAGAUUCAUACUGAAAUGGUCACUGUCAUAUUCCCAUUACAGUAACCUGAUAUACGGGAAUGGCCAACAACUUUUCCUGGACUACAAUUGCACGUUCAACAAUUGUUACUUGACAAAUGACAAAGGUCUAAUAACAGACGUCACUUUUUACGAUGCCAUAUUGUUCGACGUCGAGAAUAAGUGGGAUCCCCAUCCGAUAGAGAGAUCAGAAUAUCAGCGCUUUGUUUUCGUUGCAGCGGAAUCUGCCGACAACUUCCCAAUUUGCUCUAAGGUUUACGAUAACUACUACAACCUUACAUGGACUUAUAAAUUAGAUUCGGACAUAAGCAACGUUUAUAUAAAUAUACUUGAUAAAAACGGGACAGUUGUUGGUCCUAAAGCCAAUAUGUCUUGGAUUGAACCAAUGGUUCCUACACCAGACGCAGUUAUUGAAAAAAUCAAAAAGAAAACUAAAGCGGCAGCAUGGUUCGUAUCAAAUUGCAACGCUAAAAAUAACAGGCGAAAAGUAGCAAAUAAUAUAAAGACGGCAUUAAAACAAUACGGUUUGGACAUAGAUAUUUAUGGUUGGUGCGGUAAAAUGAGAUGUCCAAAGAACCAAUUCACGGAGUGCCUCCAGCUAUUGGAAGAAGAUUAUUAUUUUUACUUCUCCUUUGAAAAUUCUAUUGCCGAAGAUUACGUUACUGAAAAACUGUUACAUGCUGUUAUGAAUUAUGUUGUGCCAAUUGUAUAUGGCGGUGCUAAUUAUUCUAGAUUUCUUCCGCCUGGAUCUUAUCUCGAUGCAAAGGAAAUGGAUGCAAACAGUAUAGCAUUUGCAAUCAACAAAGCAAUAAAGAACCCCAAAUUAUAUGAGAACUACUUUAGGCGAGAAGGCAGACAUUUGCAAACUCUGCAAGAUCCUGAACGAUCCACCAAGAUUCACAGCGAGAAAUGA